AUGGCAGUGCUGAUGUGGACAGUGCUGGUGCUUUUAACUGAGAUUGUGAAUACUGAACACCACACAAACAAAGUCAAUCAACCGGACCGACUGAUCACUGCUACUUCUGGUGCAAAUGUGACUCUCCAUUGCUUUUUGAUGGAACAGGAAACUUCUGACCCUGUGGUUUGGUACAAGCAAAUAGUGGGACAUGAGCCUCAUGUUAUGGCAACAGUUCAGAAAGUAUUACAGGAUCCCAUUUAUGAAGAGGAAUUCAAAUCAUCACGGUUUACCAUUGAAAAAGGAGAAAAAAUCUGCCAUCUGAAAAUUGCCAAUAUCGUACCAUCAGAUGAAGCCAUUUAUUAUUGUGGCUUAAAAACGUUUACAAUAGCGUUUGGUAAAGGAACAUUUUUAUCUGUGAAAGGUAAUGCAGAUGUGGAGGUCUCGGUGCUACAGAAUGCCAUGUUGGACUCAGUUGCUGCAGGAGAAUCAGUAAACCUGCAGUGCAAUGUUUUGUCUGAGAGCAGAACAGCAGAACCUCAAGUGCUCUGGUUCAGAUCUGCUGCACCACAAUCCCUUCCUCAAAUCAUUUACACUCAUCACAACAGCAGCCAUCAGUGUAAGAAUAGCUCUUCUACAUACACCUGUGUGUACAACUUCUCCAAGAGCAUCCUCACCAUCAGUGAUACUGGUACCUACUACUGUGCUGUGUUCAUGUGUGGGAAGAUAAUUUUUGGCAAUGGAACAACUGUACAUUUAAAAGAAUCGGUGGACCCUGUUGUGAUCUGCCUUGCAUUAGCUGUGGCGGUGUGUGUUAUUGUGAUCGCUGUUCAAGCUGUAAGGGCUAAAAAAAAAGUUAAACAGUGCCAAGAAACAAUAACUGUGAUAGAGAAGACAUCUGAUCAGGGUCACAAUGCUGCGGGGCUGAAUUACGCAGCUUUACAUUUUAGUAAAGCUAAAAACAAAAGUCAAAGAGUAAAUCAACGGAAAGAUACUGUGUAUUCUGAAGUUAUAUAUUCCACUACUCCUUAA